AUGUGCGCCGAUCAGGACCUUGCCGACGAACUGUUAACAAAGGCAAUGCACCAAGCAAGUCUCAUUGGCAUGGACACCAAAACAUUUGCCGACUCUGUUUCUGAGACUGAUCCAGUACUCGCAGAGAGUUGGAGGCGUACAAUGUGGAUGUUAUAUGUGAGUGACGCAAACUUUGCCGUCAUUCGACAGGACUAUGUUCUGAGGCUCAAGGGAAUGGAUCUUGGCGUGGAUCUACCAUGCGAAGACAAGGAGUACAACGAAAUGGUUAUCCCACCGACAAGAACAACAUUCGCAGAGUAUCAAAGCCGCGAGUAUGACAUACAAGAAAAGCUGUUUUCUUCCUUCGCAUACUUCAUAGAUGCAAGUGUAGUAUUUGCUACAACAUUGCACGAGUCAUUCAAGUUCAAAACCGCAUCUCAAGCAGAGAUGCUUUGCGAUAAUCUCGAAGCCAGGAUUGCUGCCUGGUUUGCUAUGUUGCCGCCAAGUAAACAAAGCCUUGAUGUUCGGCCCGACUUCUUGGAUCAACUCAUUUUCCAAUCACACAUGAUGAUGUACACAUGCAUUGCUUACAUCCAUCGACCUUUUUCCACGCUCCGGUAUGACCCUGUAGAAAGAAUCUCUACGUGCGGAUCGCCUCCGCCUCCACUCCUCAUGGGACUCAAUGGUGGAGGCCAAUUGAAUCGUCAAUCGCAUCUCCAAAAGCUCUUACAGGCUAUUCGUAAGCAGAAUCAAUGCCUUAUCAUCUUGCCCCUCGGCUCUCCCCAGUUGUCGCCGUUCGUCAUUUGUAUGGUUGCCUGCUGCACCAUUGCUCACCUAGUUGCUUGCAAGUCGGCACUGCCAAAGGACGAAGCCGAGGUAGCCCGAUCCCGAAUCCGCGUAUGUCUUGGCACGCUGAGGCAAUACGAAGACAUAUGGCCUCGAGCCAAGAAGACAUUAUUGGAACUUAAGAGAAUCGCCAAUUGCAUUUUUCAGACUGAAAUGGCGACGUUACAUCUUCAGCCUACUUAUACUGGAGUCUCUGCAGAUCAGCAAGAUACCAUACUUGUGGGCUUGUUCGAGGAAGAGUGGUUUAGUGCCCUCGGGAACUUAACAUGA